ACAGCCCAAUGGCCCGAAUAAAAAACAGAGCCCAAACCCCAUGAUCACGAUUGGAUUAGCAUCGGUUGCAGCCGCUGACUUCCAUCAUUGGAGCUCAAACAAGCUACUCCCAUGGCUACCUUCACAUUCACUCCUCAUAUCGGUAGGCUACCAACAUCAUCUCCCUCAGUUCCCACUUCUUCCUCAAAACAAAAACUCAAAUUCAACUCCGUUACCACCACCAGAGUCUCUCUUCAAGCUUCCCCGCCUUUACUCUCCGACCCCUUUGUAAUUCAACUCGCCGAAACUCUCGAAGACUCGCUCCCUUCUUCUUCUUCUUUUUCAUCGCCUUUUCCUCUCCAGAAACUUAGGGAAUCUUCGGCAGAGACUCUUCUCUCGACCCCAUGGCCCUCUCGUAGAGACGAGCCCUUUCGUUUCACCGAUGUUUCUUUCAUAAAGCAGUCCCAAAUCCACCCAAUUUCGAAUCCGCCGCAGUCUUCUGAGUUAUCCAGCAUUCCUGUAGAAACCCAAUUCGCCAAUCUUGUGAUUGUUGAUGGUCACUUCGUCCACUCGAUUUCUAAUUUGACGGAAUUGCCAAAUGGGGUAUAUGUGGGGAGUUUGAAUGACCUCUCUUCAGACAGUGUUGGGAAGAGGGUAUCUGAGUUUGUUGAUGGGAAGUUCGUGGGGGACUUGUUUUGGUCCAUUAAUGGCGUUGGAGCUCCAGAUUUGACGGUGGUUUAUGUCCCUGCAGGGUGUAAGGUGGAGAAUCCAAUCCAUUUGAGGUAUUAUUCGAUUAGUGGGGGAGAGGAGGGGUCAAAGGAAUUGGCCGUCUCGAAUCCCAGGGUGUUGGUUUUGGUGGAAAAUGGAGGUGAGAUUGAGAUAAUUGAGGAGUUUUUGAGUGGGAGUGAGGGUGGGGGUAGGUACUAUUGGGCGAAUCCUGUUUUGGAGGUGGUGAUUGGAAGUGGAGGAAAGGUUAAACAUUCUUAUAUUCAGAAUCAGUCUUUAGAUGCUGCACAUAUCAAAUGGACUUCUGUUCAUCAGGAAUCGACCAGUGCCUACGAGCUUGUGGAAAUUAGCACCGGUGGAAAAUUAAGCAGACACAAUGUCCAUAUCAAGCAACUGGGACCAGAGACCACAACAGAAUUAUCAACACUGCACUUAUCAGUUGGCAAUCAAACACAAGAUCUACACAGUAGCCUAGUCCUCGACCAUCCACGAGCAUAUUCUCGACAACUUCAUAAAUGUAUUGUCGCGAAUCCCCAAGGACAAGCUGUAUUUGAUGGUAAUGUAAAAGUCAACAGAUACGCACAGCAAACAGAUGCAGGACAACUAACAAGGAGUCUUCUUCUGGAACCUCGAGCAACCGUGAAUGUGAAACCGAAUCUUCAAAUCAUCGCAGAUGAUGUCAAAUGCUCACAUGGAGCUGCUAUAAGCGACCUGGAGGAAACCCAACUCUUCUAUUUUCAGGCUCGUGGCAUUGACUUAGAGACAGCGAGAAAGGCUCUGAUAUUUUCAUUCGGAGCCGAGGUGAUCGAACGGCUGCCUUCCGCUUCAGUCCGCAAGAGGGUCGAGAAUCAUAUAAAAGACUUGUUGAAUCCCACACUUGAAAGAUCCUAACACUGAGCAUGAGGAAUAAAUGCAGACCUUGAAAAUCCUGCAUUUUUAUGUAUAAAAACAAGACUGUUUCGAGAUCAGCUCCCAAAUAAGCUCCCGUCUUUGAACAUAAUCAACCUGUGUAUUUAUUUAUUUUUCUUUUUCACAAUUGUUAUGGGAAGUUCGCAUUGCAUUCUCUUUUCA